ACAAAGCUUUGAAGACGGUCUUUGAGCUACAUGUUAAACGUUCCCAUGUUAGCCCCCCUUGCGCCGCCACUGCCCUGGCACCGCAACGUGACCAUGACUAGUUCGUCAAACUGACAGGCCCAGCGGCGCUGGCGCCGAAAUUUGCGAGUGCCCCCGUGACAACGCCCCGAAAUGACGAGUCGCUCAUGAGACAAUGUCCAGCAGCAGCGACUCGGAGGAAUUCUACGACGCCGAAGACCUAACACCUAGUCAUGGUCCAAGAAAAAAUCGGAAAAGCUCCAAGGAAAGUCUCACCCAGAGGGCUAGUUCGGAACCUAAUGUCUCAACGGUGCCCCCAGGUCACGACGAGAGACAGCUCCAGUCGGUCAAUGAGAUUGUUUUUGUUGAGCCCCAGAAGAGGACACCGCUUGGUGGCCGGCGCAAGUUCAAGGAGUUGAGACAGAAGCUGCAACACGACGAUGAGGACUGUCAAACUGGCAACGUUACGCCCCCCAACAGCCAAACAUCAUCAGUUGAGGGGGUUUUCGCCGCCUCCAAUAAGACCUCCCACCCUUUCCGUAUCAUAGAACAGGACACUGUGAGCCUCCAGAGUAUCAAUUCUUUAGGACGGCUCACACGAAUUUUAGGGGGGAUCGCCGAAGGGGAAUGUGGCCGCAAGGCCGUUUCCGUAUCCGCUCUCUCCUCCAGCUCCCUCGACUCGGGCUCCACCCCCAGCUCGAAGGGCAUCUCCCAGUACCCCAGCAAUGCAACACUGACUUCCGAAAAGUCCAGUCUUCCGCUACAAGAACCCGACGUCAUUGCAAGCACAAAAGCCUCCUCUUCGCAAAAGAGCGACGAUCAAAAUGUGGCACCGGUGGCUCCCCCACGUCGCAAAAAGAAAAACAAGGCGGCGCUCCAAAUCAAAAAAUCUGCAUCGAGUGCGACUUUUGAGUCCUCCGACCUGGCGAGUCCUGCGAGUACCAUUGAGUCUUUGACGCGCGAAUUCGAACAUUCUCUCGAUCGCCUGCCGUCCGGCAACGAAUCGCAGAGUUCGACGCUACGGUCGGGGCACUCGUUGGAUAUCAAGCAGGCGUUGAAGGGUCAAUUUGUGGUCAAGCCCCAGGAUAAUGAAAGUUUGAAGGCCGGGGAAGGGGGUAAGGUUAAGAGUGAAGUGGUCCAAGCAGCGAGUCCGAGAGGGUCUUCCACGAGGUCAAGUGUCGGGCACUACAGUUUGGGACCUCAUAGAGGAACACACCAGUCGAACAAUCGGAGUACAAAAGAGCGUCGGAAAUCCGCCGGUGACGAAAACAUGUUAAAAGAUGCGAAUUUAAAAGUUCGGACUCACACCGACUCCGGUAAACAAUUAUCCGACUUCGAGAUUUUGGAGCAAGUGACUGUGCUCAAUCUAGAUACCGGAGAACGAGUCCCUUUGAGCGUAGCCGAAGACAAGCUACCUCAAUGCAUCAAUCCCUUAUCCCUCCACAUAAUGCGACUAACCUCCGAAUACGUGAGCAGCUCAAGCAUGGAGAAAGAGAAAGAAUCGGACGAAGAAAGCGAAGAGAAAAAAAUCGAGAUCCCCAUCGUCGACGACAAUGAAGACGUGAGUCGGAUGCGGAAGAAGACGGCCAUGUUGAAGAAGUUCGUAGGCACCGCGAUGAAGAAAACAAUGCACAAGGCCAAAAGCAUAGCCCAGGAGGUGUCCCACGCCCGCCACAAGGAGGACAUCAUCGAUAUCGUCGAUGUUGUCAAUCCUGGGGAGCAAACAAUCAAACUCAAGGCUUCCAGCUCGCACAAAGGCCCCUACGAGUUCGAGAAAGUCGAGCAUGUGCAAGAGCUCAAAGACGAGCACGAAGGGCCCAUCUGGUGCAUGAAGUUCUCCUGCUGUGGGCGUCUCCUGGCCACAGCGGGCCAAGAUAAAGUGUUGCGGAUUUGGAUCGUCCGUGACGCUUUUCCCUUCUUCCAAGACAUGCGGACCAAAUACAACGCCGAGAAGGUGUCGCCAACUCCGUCGCAGGAAUCGCUAGUGUCGCACCAUUCGGGCGAGAACAGCAAUUUGGCGGUGUUGGAAGCUAUGACUUCCGAGGAGUGUGGCAAGAUGAUGUUUAUGCCGAAGCCCUUUUGUACAUAUACGGGGCAUACGAGCGACUUGUUGGAUGUUUCAUGGUCGAAGAAUUACUUCAUUUUGUCGAGUUCCAUGGAUAAGACGGUUAGGUUGUGGCAUAUUUCGAGGAAGGAGUGUUUGUGUUGUUUCCAACAUAUUGAUUUUGUGACGGCGAUUGUGUUCCAUCCAAGGGAUGACAGAUACUUUUUGAGCGGUUCACUGGACGGCAAACUCCGUCUGUGGAACAUCCCGGACAAGAAAGUGGCCGUUUGGAACGAAGUCGAAGGCAACCCGAAACUAAUAACCGCGGCAAACUUUUGCCAAAACGGCAAAUUCGCCGUUGUGGGUACAUACGACGGUCGUUGCAUCUUUUACAUAACCGAUCAAUUAAAAUAUCACACACAAAUCCAUGUCAGGUCUUCCCGUGGCCGAAACGCCACCGGUCGCAAAAUCAGCGGCAUAGAACCGAUGCCUGGAGAGGAUAAAAUUUUGGUCACUUCGAACGACAGUCGGAUUCGGUUGUACGACUUGAGAGACUUGAACGUCUCGUGCAAAUACAAGGGAUAUGUAAAUAUGAGUAGCCAGAUUAAGGCGAGUUUUAGCCACGACGGUAAAUACAUCGUGAGUGGCUCGGAGAAUAGGGAUAUUUACAUUUGGAAGACUAACCACGACUAUGCGAAGUUUUCGUCAGUGCGGAGGGAUCGCAACGAUUUUUGGGAAGCCAUCAAAGCUCAUAAUGCGGUUGUGACGUGUGCCAUUUUCGCACCAAAUCCCGAAGGGGUCAUCAAGAUGAUUGAGGAGAGCUGCAAGUCGGAAGAAACGGAAACUAACGAUAAACAGGUGGAGGAUCCGGUGGUGGAACAACAUACCAAAGGUUGUGGCGGUUAUGUGUUAAUCUCGGCCGAUUUCAACGGCUGCAUCAAAGUCUUCAUCAAUAAAAUGAAACCCAAGCAUAGCUCAUUACCAGUCUCCGCAAUGGUGUCCAACACCAAAAUUAAAAAAACCUAGAGUAGCUCUAAUUUUAUUACUAAAUUGUGAUCGAUUGUAUUAUAUUUUUUUUAAAUUGUACAUUAUUUUAUCCAGUUCUAAUAAACACUAAUUGAGAACUA